GUGGGAGAAGUGAUAGUCCUUACCGGGGUAUACCACGGCGGCACAUUAUACGGCUAUGGUGGAAUCAGUCACUGGCGAGUUGUGGGUGGUGACUAGUCGACGACCCAUCCGUCCCUCGAUCUUCUUGUCGAUCUCCGGCUCGAUCUUUGGCUCGAUCUUUGGCUCGAUCUUCGGCUCGAUCUUCGGCUCGAUUUCUCGUGCUUCCCGACCGAAUGAACGUCGCGUCGUCCUUAGUCCAAUCGCGAUCGUAGCAAUCGAUAUCCGACCGAAUGCUCCGGACGAAAUCGUUUUCAACGUGCUCGGCAGCAGUGAUAUUCGUCGUAGCUUAAGAUGCCUCGUGCCAAGUUUAAACGACGCGCGUCUCGCGCCCUCCUCUGAAUAGAUCACAUUCUCUCACCGAAAACUUUUUCCUCCCUUCCUUCCUCCCUUCCUUCCUCCCUUCCCGCCUCCCUUCCCUCCCUCCCUCUCCCCUUACUUCUUUUUACUUUUUUCACUUUUACUCUUUGGGGAGCUUUUCUCGUGAGUUUGUUCAAAGUGGUCGUAGAAGAAAGUGGUGAAAGGAUAUAUAAACUGGCAUCCAUUGAAUCCUGCAAUCAUUCUCAAUGGAAUAUCUUUAAACAUAGUUCAAAAUUAAAUCAUGGAUAUUCAAUUUCGAAAGCGAUGAAAGAUUAGCCGUUUCAAGAUCAAGAUCGAAAUUGUCAGCAACUCGACGAACAUUUUUUUAAAUUAGCGUUAACUCGAUAGCAUCGAAUUAAAAGGAAAUAAAUGAGUGCAUAUAAUAUGAGUGCUAUAAGCUAGAACGAACAAUAAUGAAAGUCGGUAGAUAAUACGAUAGAAGUAAAAGUACCUGAUCGCUCCUCUUUCGAUUCUUUGAUUUUGAAGAUCCUGGAAUCAGAUCCGGUCAUCCGCCGGCAAUGUUUCUAUGAAUUAAUCAUCCGUAAUCUAAGUUUGACUUACAAAGGGAAGUAAAAUACGCAAAGUUUAAUUGAACGGAAAAUAAAGAGAGAAAGGCGUUUGAUAUUAGGACUUCCUGCGGAGGAGCACCCUUCGGCCGUCGCGUAGAUAUCGCAUAUCGAGAGAACGCACGCGCGUGUCUUCUCGAGCGUGUAACAGGUGUCCAGUGCGUGGCAAACAGCAAAUCUAUGACUUGAUGAAAUUUGUAUUGAUUUAAGCGAAGAACCGAUAGAAUCAGCUUCGAGAAAGGAUGAACAUGUCUCCUUGUAUACGAUUAUUCAAAUAAAAUGAACGAAUGAAGGAAUUGAGGAGAAUCGUUGGAGGAGGCUCGCUGAAUUGUUCAAAAAUCGUGGAAGAAAGAUCGUCAAAAUAGAAUAUCCCGGUGGUAGUGGUAUGUACGGGGGUGGUACGGGAGGUACAGGGUAUGGGGUCGGUUUGGGCCCGGGACCCGGGCCCCACUACGCUCCCUCGAGUUCCGGCGUGAGUUACCAAUUGGGCCCACCACCUCCACCUCCGCCAGCCGGUUGCCCCACCGGCGGAAGUCAGCUUCUGUCUUACGGACCCAACCUAUCGCCUCAUCACAUACAGCAGACGCAUUCGGACUCUCAGCAGUCGUCGAAAACACGAAGGUCGGACGAGGAUGACACCAGUGGAUGUAAAUAUAGAAGGCUGGAAGAUGAUAAUGUGCAGGACAAGGAGAGGUUUGCGAGGGAGAAUCAUUGCGAAAUAGAAAGGCGGCGGCGGAACAAGAUGACCGCCUACAUCACCGAACUCUCGGACAUGGUACCAACCUGUUCGGCCCUUGCGAGGAAACCGGACAAACUCACGAUACUGAGGAUGGCAGUGGCACACAUGAAAGCUCUCAGAGGGACCGGAAACACAGCGACCGACAACGCGUACAAACCAUCCUUUUUAACGGACCAAGAGCUGAAACAUCUGAUCCUAGAAGCCGCCGAUGGAUUCCUUUUCGUAGUGAGUUGCGACAGUGGUAGGAUCAUCUACGUUUCCGAUUCGGUCGCGCCUGUUUUGAAUUACACGCAGAGCGAUUGGUACGGGACGAGUCUUUACUCUCAAAUACAUCCGGAUGAUACCGAAAAAGUACGGGAACAACUCAGCGCUGCUGAACCUCAGCAAGGUGGAAGAGUAUUAGAUCUCAAGACCGGGACGGUCAAGAGAGAAGGUCAAUCGUCCAUGAGAUUGUGCAUGGGCUCGAGAAGAGGGUUCAUCUGUCGAAUGAAAGUAGGGAAUUUACAGACGACGGGUGACAUGGCGGCCGCUCACGGUCUUCAUCGUAUAAAGCAAAGAAAUUCUUUAGGUCCGCCCGCCAGGGAUGGGCAAAGUUACGCCGUUGUUCAUUGUACAGGAUACAUCAAAAAUUGGCCUCCCACCGGUGAUUUUGUUACCCCAUGUGUACCAGGUGUGGGCCUAGGUGACAGGGGGCCUGGAGGCGUUCAAACUGGACCCGACGGUGUAGUUACCGACGAAAGUUCAUCUACGCAUUGCUGCCUUGUAGCCAUUGGCCGAUUACAGGUCACUAGUACACCAAAUACUAAUGAUUUAGCGGGUUCCAAUAGCAAUAGCGAAUUUAUUUCACGUCACUCUUCGGAAGGUACGUUUACCUUCGUGGACCAAAGAGUCGGUGGAAUAUUAGGGUAUACACCUUCGGAACUUUUAGGGCAUAAAUGCUACCAAUUCUUUCAUCCGGAGGAUGAAACCCAUAUGCGUGAAAGCUUCGAACAAGUUUUGAAGCUGAAAGGACAAGUGGUUUCUGUGAUGUAUAGAUUUCGAGCUAAAAAUCGUGAUUGGGUAUGGUUGAGGACAUCGGCUUUUGCCUUUUUAAAUCCGUUUAGCGACGACGUGGAGUACAUCGUUUGCACAAACUCCCAUGCGAAGUCAUUCCAUUCCGGUAGUGAUGGGCAAACGGAAAGCGAAGCUGUACCUGCUUAUGGACAACCUGGUCUAGAUUACUCUCUUCAGAGACAUCCCACCAGGGAUCCUAUAUAUCCAGCGCAUCACAUGAUGCAACAUCCAGCGGCUGUCGCCGCAGCUGGUCCACAGCAACCUAGGCCGUCCAGUACACAAAAUGUUUAUCAAGGGUACGAGACUACGCAGUCACCUAUAGCUUACGGUUCACCUGGUCAACAAAGUACAACUUCUUCUGUAUUAAGUAGAAUUCAAAAACCUGCAAAUACAUCUCCGACUCCUGUACAACAAGCAUGGGCAAUUGGUCGUCAGCAACCUGUAACAGAAGGAUAUCAAUACAGUCAAUUAAGUCCGUCUAGGUCACCGAGUGGACCGACCUAUACGCAAUUGAGUAGCGGUGCAAGAACGCCAGCUACGCAAUAUCACGCAGUCACGACAGUGCCUAAUAAUCCGGGUAUGUGGGGAUGGCAAGGACAGCAACACCAAACGCCACAACAAGAUGCUGCACAAUCAAAUCCACAAGUUACUGGCCAAUCGCAGCCACCUCAUCCUACGCAGGCUGGUGGUCCUGGCACUCAACCUCAAGAGCUCUCAGAUAUGUUACAAAUGUUACAAGACCAAGGUGGCGCUUCCGGAUUUGAAGAGUUAAAUAUGUUUACUACCACAUUUGAGUAGCGACCAACGACAAAAAUUGCCGACACUCUUACAUCUUAAAGUUCUUAUCAUUUUUUGGAUUAUUCUAAGCAUCUUAAUCCACAUUCUCUUAUUUAAUUAUUUCGACUUGUGCAAAGUUUAUGAUUAGCACCUUCUCUAUAUGCUCUAUAAACAUUAUGUUAUCAUCAGAUUGGAUUAGCGUAAUGAUUAGGUACUAAUCGAUUAUUUCUUUCCGCAUGCAUUUCAGAUAUUACGUUCUUCCAAGGACUUUUUUGAAUUAUGCUCUCAAAAUUAUAUGAAUUUUACAAUGCAUUCUUAUUAAGAUCAGUGGAUAUUAUUAUUUAGCUAAAGUGCCAUUAGAGAAUGCUUGCUCCUAUUAUGUGUUUUUAACAGAUAUUUUAACAGAUAAAUUACAAAAAAGAAUAAAAAAGCAAAGUUAAUAAUUAUUAACACGAAGGUAAUUAUAUGAAGAUAUUUAAAUAUUUUAUUCUUCUUUAAUGUAAUUAUGAAUUCGAUUAUUUUAGAUAAUGCGUUUCGCAAGAGUGCGAAAAUCCCCACAUUAUUUUAUAGUCAAUAUGAUUUAAUAAUUUGCAAAGGAAUGACAAACUUUGUGUUUUAUUGAUUCAAUUUGUGUGUCUCUCUCUCUCUCUCUUUCUCUUUCAAAGUAGUUUAUUAUUUUGAAGCUUAUAGUAGACAUUGCAACGUGUUCAGAAGAUAGAAGCCUGCUUUACAUGGCAUAUAUAAAUACGUGUGGUAUGAUAAGUAACGAUUGCAAUCUUCUGAAAUCACCAAUGUCUUAAACUUUAUUUGUCCUUGUUCAAAGAAGUAGUGUAAUAUGAUCUUUUUAUUCAUUAGAAUAUUUCAUACUUCAUUUUGUAUACAUAACAAAUUCUUUUUAAGAUAUGAAUUAGAUAAUGUGUUACUUGAUUAUUAAAAAGGAAUAUUUUUCAAAUUAAUCAAUCGAAUCUAUACAAAGCAUGAUCAUUUUAAUACCAGCUUAUCGUUAGACAUAUAAGGUUAGCUUAAUUAUUUUUAAUUUAGAUCUUUGUAAUUAUAAACCGUGCAAUCAUAAAUCAACAUUUGACGGAAAUUGUUCAAACUUGACAAUGUACAAAAUUAUGUAACCCACUUUGCUUCUCUGUGCAAAACACCAUUUUUAGAUACUCUUAAAGAAAAAUAUAGAUAAUGUUAUACAUAUAAAUAAU